AUGAGACCAUACCGAGACAUACUUGCUUUCCUUGACAUCGAGGCCGGGGUGGAAAACUCAGAUGAUGAUGACGACCACGACGACAUUGAUACAGAUUCCUUUAUCUCAGAUGAACCCGAGACACCUUCCAGCCACUUGAUUACUAACAGACAUCACACCGACCCGCUGGAAUUCUGGAAUACUGAUGCCGAGUCUAUGGUGAACGCCAUCGUCGAUCAACGAAAGAAACAUACAGACGGGUGGAAGGCUACUGUCGCGUAUCUCCCUUCUAUCACAGACGGAGACAUUUGGAAAGUCGCCGUGACACCUGGCUGCGAACUUAGCGUUGUUACAACUAUAUUCAACAAAGUCUCGGCCCUGAAGAUUGAUGGCGUCGACAGUGCCUUCUACAGAGAAGGUAUCUCUGGUGUUGUCUACGUUGAGGCUCGAAACUACGGUGCUGCCCUCACUGUUCUCAUGGGCAUAAACAAUGUCUGGCUCCGAUAUUACAAGGCUGAAGGUGGCCCCGUCGACUUGGUACCCAUCAGCGAAAGGUUGGCCCUACUAUCAAUGGUAAAAAACUUCGUCAGUGAAGUCGAAAAGCCGGCGAACGAGCAACAACGAUUUGUCCGAAUCCGUGACCGUACUCGAUAUCGACACAAUCUCGGUAUCAUUGUGAACUACAAUAUGGACGCAAGGCACGCCCUCGUCCUUGUGGUACCGCGCGAAUUGACCGGCACACGCAGGCGCCUUGCUGCACCACCGGUCCUUAAAAUGGACCCUUCUGUCAAGGAGGGGGGGCCCUCCUCCGACCGGGCCUUGUUUACUUCCGACGGUAUUGGCAAUCUCGAGACGGUGAGUUCCGACGGGCAAUACCUUUCGGGACUGGAAGUCAGGAGAAUAGACGUGGAUCAACUUGUCUAUCAUGAUAUACACCCUACUGCUCACGAACUGGAUAUGUUUGAAGCUACGGGACACACCGAGAUCUGCAAGUUCGUUAACCAAGCUCGAGAUCUACAAAUUCGUCAAGGAGAGAAAUUUGAGGUAACCCAGGGUCCAUGGAAGGGAUUCAAAGGCAUAGUUGAAGAAGGCGUAGCUACCGAUCCCGCCCUAUCAGUACGGAUGAAGGGUAGAUACUGGUGGGAGGACGUUGAGGUGCCGAAAGAGGAUUUGGCUUAUGCGGGACCGCAGGGUAGCACAACAACGGUGAUAGCAGGCCCCUACACUGGAUUGAAAGGGAGGAUAUGCAAAUACCUUCAUCAUACGACAGUCAUCUCUCCCGACACCGAUGCAGAGCAGACGAUAGAUGUCAGGGUAUCAGAUGUCCAGCGAACCGUUGAUCUUGGUGACGAGGUGGAGAUUAUACUGGGCACUCUUAAAGGACGUUCAGGAUUUUAUGUUGGCGUGGACGAAGCCAAAGCCCGGAUAUACCUCGACGAACCGGCUAACGCAAGAGGCAAGGAAGCACAGCAGGCUAUCGGCCGGAUGGUUAGCAUACCGUUCGGGUGCAUACGAACCCCACCAGAUACUCGGAACGCACGAAUUAUCGCACAAUGCAGUCAAUCCGGGCCCACUCCCUUCCAGCUCCCACCCAAUACCCGGAAUCCCCAAGAUAUCCAAGCUAUGUAUACGGGCGACCCUUUUCGAGGCCUCGAAGUGGUGAUCGUUGACCACCCGCUCAAGGGUUAUGAAGGCUACGUUGUAGGCUCUUGUUUGGUUAACCCGCCGAAUGAUAGUAAUUCCAAUGGCGGCGACGACCGAAGCAUGGAAGACACGGAAGACACGGCCAUACUUGAGUUCGAAGUCAACAAACUCAACAACAUCACCUGCUUUACAGCUCGACUAUCAGCUCGACAUCUGCAGGAGAAAUACUCCAAAUUACCCAUCAUGGAAGCAAUCCACCUACCCCCACAUCUCCGCGCUCCGGAUCCAGCUUCUCCGGUGCCUAUGGCAAUGACCCCAUGUCCUGAUAUCGAUCGCUCAGAGUCCUCAUGGCCAGAGGUGACACAUGAAUAUACACGCGACGUCACCUCCGCAGCACAUCGCUUCACUCACCAUUGGUUAAGGAACCCUGUGAUGAUGCACAAGAAGUUCCAAAUACUGAUUCUACACACUCUUUUCGACGACGGAUCUUAUCGGACUGACAACGCGGCCAGUGGAUAUACAGUGGUGACGGAGGCAUUGGAUCGCUGGUCUGAGCGCAUCUUCGUGAAGAUGGGCGAAGAGAGGAACCUCACAACCAAGAAGAUUCUUCUGAAGAAGAUCAUUCCCGAUAACCGUUUCUUGAGACACAGCGAACGAGUGAUUGUCAUCGGAGAAGAUAUGGCUGGCAAUGAUUACAUGAUAGGUAUGGUGGGUUGGGUGAAUGAAUCUCCGUACGCACUGGAUGAGGGUGUUCAAUUGGUCGCCCUCGCUGAGUCGCCAGGGUUUGCGUACGUUCGCGAGGUCAAUUUGUGUAGAACAGGUGCACCCGCGCUGUGGAAGGGAGCACUUUACAAUUGA